AUCACUGGCUUUCCUGCAGCCAUGGCGAGCAAAACUGUUCUUCCCACAGAGCAUGAAGCUCUACCAGGGCGGUCUGAAGCUCUUCAGGUAGCAGCAAAACAUACUGUGAAUGGGAAUUCAGUUCUGGAACCAUUCCCAGCGGGCACGGAGCUGGCAUUAUUUGGUAUGGGCUGUUUCUGGGGUGUAGAGCGACUGUUUUGGAAACAGAAUGGUGUCUUCUCCACUCAGGUGGGAUAUGCAGGAGGUUAUACUCCCAAUCCCACUUAUAAAGAAGUAUGUACAGGUCUUACUGCACAUGCUGAAGUUGUCCGGAUUGUGUUCGACCCAAAAGUGAUAAGUUAUGUAACAUUACUGAAGUUAUUUUGGGAGAACCAUGACCCAACAGAAGGAAUGAAGCAGGGACAUGAUGUUGGUUCUCAGUAUCGUUCUGUCAUAUACACCUAUAGUGACCAGCAGAUGGAAGCAGCUCUGUUUUCAAGAGAUGCAUUCCAAAAGGAACUCAGCAGCUCUAACCGCGGCACUGUCACCACAGAAAUCAGACCUGCUCCGGUCUUCUACUAUGCAGAGGACUAUCACCAACAAUAUUUACACAAAAACCCAGAUGGAUAUUGCGGUCUCAAGGGAACCGGAAUAACUUGUCCCAUAAGGAAGUGAUUGUUCAUAGAAUAUUCUCUCUGAGUAACGUGCCACGAGCUUCAUUUUAAUUUAGUCUGGAAACUCUGUGAAGGUGCAUCUACUCCUCACGCAUGCAUACCUAUUGCACCUAACCUUUAUUAAAGUGUGCCAAAUAAAUACAUUCAUAACUAAAUGGAACUUGAUAA